AUGUGCUCCCAGUACUUCUACCAGUACGACUGCGGCUGCAUCGUCCCCGAAGGCGAUGUCGUCUUCUGCGCCAAGCGAGGAACCUCCUCCUGCACCGGCGUCAGACAGCAGAUCCGUCGUCGCGAGGGCUACAACUGCCCUAGCCACGGUGGCUAG